UCGUUGAUCACGGAUCACGGUCCACAUAUUCUUGGGUGGGCCUCUCCUCUCGUUUGCCUGCGCCGCCGCGAUCGCCAAUCGGCAUGGCUCUUCCCAAACCCCGCCCGCCAACGCCGACGGCGUCAGCGGCCACGGGCACCUCCUCGUCGCGAAUAGACUCGCCAUCGCUAAAGGCCGCGCUCGCAAUGGCUCUCAUCCACUACAACCGCCUCCCUGGCAAAGCCAACGCCACCGCGGGCACAUCACCCCCGUCUCUCCUCCACUGGAAGCGCAAGGCCAAGGACCGGAAGCGCGAAAUCCUCCGCCUCCGCGAGGAGCUCAAGGUCCUCCAAGAUGGGGUGCGCGGGGAGGAGAUGGAGCCCCCGGUUGCGUCGUGCCGGUGCCACUUCUUCGACGGGUGCCGGGACCUUCGACCGCAGCAGGGUGGCGGUGGUGGGGAGCACUGGGUUGACGAGGUGCUGAGGAGGAGGUUUCUCAGACUGGUGCGGUGGAAGGAGAAGCGACGGCGAGUGGAUCGAUCUCUUCCAAGUUCUAGUUUGAUCGAUUUCAACAGUGAGGAUGAGAUGCAGCAGCUCAGCAUGUCGACUGAUUUCCUGGUGGAGCUAUCAGACGGCAUUUUUGCCAAAAGUGAAGCUGGCCACUCAUUUGCUACAUUUUCUCACCAAGCAGUAGAUUUCAUUUUGGCUACACUGAAGAACAUUCUUUCAUCGGAAAGGGAAAAAGACUUAGUUGGGGAGAUAAUCGAUAGUUUAGUGACUCGUUUGAUGAAAAGGAUGUGCACUGUUCCUGAAAAGCUUGUCACAUCAGAUUCAGGAUCAACUGGCUGCUCAGAUGCCCAGUUCUCAGUGCAGCACUUAUUCCGUAAGUUGGGAAAUGAUGAAUUCAUUGGUCAGCGGUUACUUGAGUUCCUCAUAUCUGAUUACAUGAAAGUUUGGCUAUGCUGUGAGCAUAUUAACAAAAGACUUUUUGAAGAAUGUACCAGAUCUAUUCUCAAGGCACGCAAUGAUUUGCAAAUCCUGGAAAACAUGAAUGGGCUCUAUGUGGUGUACAUUGAGCGUGUGGUCGGAAGGUUGGCAAGGGAUGUGGCUCCUGCUGCACAUCAGGGGAAGCUGGACCUAGAAGUUUUCUCCAAACUGCUGUGCUGAGAGUGCCUUGCAUAUGACAUUCCAAGCCUGACCCGGCCUGUUAUAUGCUUAGGUUGAUUCAAAACCACGACACCAUUGGUCCACUUAGACUAUGCAUAGUUACAUUUCUGUUUGAAAGACAAACUUUAGAAUUUGGUAGUGGAUCUACUUGUAUGGCCUGUUGUUUCAUGUCACCAUUGAUAGUUGAUUAGUUUCAUUUUGCUGACUUAACCCCUAUACACUGUGAGUUGCUGUAGACAUGCUUUGUUACUCUGCAAAUUUAGGUUGCAUCCGUGAAUAAUAGUAACUUCUGCGCGCCCUGCGCGCACAAAAAACGUUACACAAUAUGUAGUGUAAAUGACAUAUUUAUACUUAGUUAUAUAUGCUAAUGCGGUGAAUUUGGCU